UCUUCUCACAUUUUUCUCUUACAUUCUCUCUUUUUCGCUCUCUCUCUCUCUCUUCCUUCUCUCUCAUCUUCUCUGUUCUCUCUCUACCUCAUCUCUUAUUUUGUUUUUAUUAAAUCUUGAUAAUUGCCAGAUUCCGGCCACAAGUUUCUCUCGUCCCUGUCUCUCUCUCCCAUCACAUCGUCUUCACCAUAGCGUGCCCCAUCCGUUUUGUGUCAAUUUAUCCUUUUACCCCCUGUAUUUUCAAAAUUUACCUUUUUACCCCUCACUUUUCACCAGAAGAUAGAUAAAUAAUUACCGUUGUUUUUUUCUUUUUUUUUUAUUGUUUGAAAACAAAACUAUUUGUGUCAGUUUUGUUUUGAGGGUGGUUUGGUAGUGACGUGGCAUGCGGAUAGAAAGCCAUGAAUACCAAAACGAUGCGUCUCCCCCCACGUCGUGUGUUGACACCUACCAAUAAGCGCAAAGAGAGAGAUGACCCAUUUGACAGGCCCAAGCCCAUACCCGCACCACCCACCACCAAAAUACUCAAGCCAGAUAGGCCCGUCGACCCGAUCACCGCCACCAGCAAAGCCGUCUUCGUGGAGCCCAAGCCCUCCAACCAACUCUUAGCGGGCUACCUGGCCCACGAGUUCCUCACCAAAGGCACCCUACUGGGUCAGCCCUGGGCCCCACCAAAAGGAAAGUCGACGGAGGACGGCGGCGAAGAAGCAGAGCCUACGGCGGCGCCGCCGCCGUACCAGCGGACGGAGCAGGAGCGGGAAAGAUCGGAGACCGCUUGUGUGAUCCUUGCAACAAGAUCUUCAAGUUUAUCCGAUCAAUUUUUCCAUUUGAUAUUUCUAUGUAUAGAUAGAGUAUCACGUGGUUUGGGGAAGGUUUUGGUGUUGUUAGAGUCAGACGAGCUUUUCACUAGUGUUGAGCCCCAUAAUGUUGUCGCUGAACGCUAAUUUUUACAAGUUGAUUGGCGUUGAGCGCUGGAUAUGUGACGUUGAGCGUUGGAGACCACUGUAGACCUGGGAGCAUUUUAGCUUUAUGGCGUUGAGCACUGACAUUCUAGCAUUGGGCACCCAUUUUUAUGAGACAAAUGGCGCUGAGUGCUGAGAUGUUGGCACUAGGCGCCCAUUUUUACAAGGCAAAUGGCGGUUAGUGUCAAAUAUGUCUUAUUUUGCCUGUUUUUCAUUGUUUGGUUGUAUUUGGGUGUUUUGUGUUUGAAAUGAAGCAUAUUUAUGGUUCUUGUUAUGAUGAAUUGAAUAGAAUCUGUUGUGGUAAGCAUAUAAGAUGAAGUUGGAGGAUUUCAAGGGAAAUUCUUAGUGAUGGUAUUAUUAGUGUAUGCAUUGAUAAAUGAGAUGUCUAGAAGGAGGUAUUUUGAACUCUAAUAAUCAUUCACACUCAAAUAGAGUAUAAUAAGUUAUGUAGUGAGAGUAUCAAGAAAUCUUAACCAUUGGACUUGUUCUUUGGUCUUAAGCAUGAAAGGGAUUAAUCUUUUGUGGUUGACUGAUAACCCCAUGUGGCUUUGAACUUUGCGGAGUCUAGAAACCAUCACAAGUGCACACUUUGAUGAAUCCUAUAUCAAUGACAUGUAUCGGGAUAAUUGAGUUUAGUGUCAACUACUAUUUGUGUAUAAUCAUGUAUUGUUAAUAUAUUGAUGCUAAAGUGAUAUGAUUUAUUUUCUUA